UGCAAACUAGCAAAAAUUUUUUUUGGCUUCGUCGGUUCAACGGCUCCGAGUAGGAAUCUGAAAAACGUCAUAUUUUUUCCUGCGAGGAAAACAGGACGUAGAGUUGAGUUCCCUAGGAGGCACACAGCUGCUUCUCUCCCCUAUAACUCGUCGCGGUGUCAACAAUGAUGUUUGUUCGCUCGCCCGCAAUGUCUGCAUACAAAUUUGGCAAGAGAUAAUCUUUCUGCAUUUCGUCGCAUGACGUUGCUGGUGCAUAAAACGGAGAAGGAACAGUCUGGCGAAUGUUUUUACAUUUUGAACCUCGAGGGGAAAGAGUUGAAGAUUCAACGCAGCCAAGACGUAUUGAAAAUCCCUGGUUCUGCAUCAAGACAGUCCAUUCAAUUAUGAUAGCCAUGGAGUUGCUGUUUGGAGUACAAAUAAAUUCCGAAAUGAUCAUGCCGUUUACGUUGAGCGGUGUAAAUCUAAAAACGAAAAUCGAGACGCUAAAACAAGAAGCUGCAGCACGAUGGAAUCUGCCUAAAGACUCGUUUGAAUUUAUUUAUUGUGGGCUUAUACUUGAGGAUGAUACAACAGUAGAAUCAAUUGGAUUGAAGAAUGGAUCAAUGGUGCAUGCACUGAAGAAGAAGGAACCAGAAUCAUUAAUAUUAAAUAAACAUAUAUCAGAAGACUGCAUAUUACAACUAGCAUCAGCAUUUAAAUCUUUCAAUGAGACCCCUGCAUUUAGAAGUGCUCUGCAUCGUUUAAGCAAAAGACCAGAAGUAAUAGACAAUAUUAUUUCUUCCUCUCCUGGAUUGCACGAGGAUGCUGUCGCCAUUGCUAUGCUGCAAGAUCCUGAUUUAAUGGCACAUUUCGUAGAUGUUGACACUGUCAGAAGAAUUGCAAAACUGCAUCCAGUGUUAAUCGAGGCGGCGCAGAACAUCGCCGCGGCCGUACAUGAAGAAGCACAUAAUGCAGCUUCCAGUGGUUCCUCCAGCAGUUCAGUGGCCAGUUCGCAGCCCGCUACCGCACGAUCUUAUAGCGUGGAUAGCAUGAGCCUCGAGGAGGAAAUGGCACGUGAUAUUGCCCAUUUUUUCGCCACACAACCUGUAAACGAUAGCAAUCUCCGCUUUCCUAACGUACCGUCAGCCGCGAAUUCGCAAGCACCGCAACGACUGGACAAUCCACCGUCUUCCACAUCUGAUGGUGCCAAUCAAUCCACGAUCGACAAUCAAACUACCGGUGUGAUCACGUCGCAGAUGUUUAUGGAAGCUAUGAGACAAGCCGCUCUGGCGACCAAUCCAAAUUCGCAACAGCCAGCUGCAUCACCUGCAUCUUCCUUGUCGCCGGUAUUACCGCUAUUUUCGCCGCCGAUCAACGAUUUGCAGCGACAGUUGGCGCAGAUGCACGAGAUGGGUCUUCAGGAUGACACAGUGAACAUUCAAGCACUGCAGUUUACUAACGGCGACGUACAAGCGGCCAUCGAACUCGUGUUUAGUGGUUUCUAUGAUAAUUAAUGAACAGGAAUGGAACAAGGUAAUAUAAGUGAUUACAGUUGCUUGUACAAAGUAAAGAGACUCAGAAAACAGUAUUUUUUAGAUGAGACAAUCUGAAUAUCCGUGACACAUUUAUAUACAAUAAUAAGAAUUAAUAUCAUGAAUAAUCAAUAUGAAGAUGUGUAAAAUAUGAAAAUGUGUUCAAGCUGUUUAUGUGAAAUUUAUUGCUUGACUUGAGGAAGGCUGUAUAUGAUUUUUAAGGUAUAUUCAUUGCUAUCGGUAUUGCUAAUGCAAGAUCUGAGCAUGAUAAAAUACAAUAUACUAUUCGUUAUUAACAUUUAUGCAAAAAA